AUGAGUCAGUCUGAAUGUCAGCAUUUGAUGAAAGUGUUUUUUCUGCUCAGUGUCGUAGAUUUGAGUUAUGAGUUGCAGGAGAUGGCAGUUGUGAGGUUCAGCUCGGCGUACAGUCACUCGGUUGUUAAGGGGCAGAAGGCAGCUGUUUGUUUCGCUGAUGAAGUGUCUGUCGGCCUGAAAACAUUCGGCAGGAGUCACGUGGAUUGCGUCGUUAAAUGCUUGGCCAUAACGAACAAUAGCUUGAGAGGAGUGAACCACUUGACAUCUGAUGGAUCAUGUUCAUGUAUCCCCAAAACCAACAUCCUUCACAAUGUCUCAAAGGAUUUGGUGCUGGCUGGUUGCAAAGGUCUUGUUAUACAACACGACUGCCCACCACAUUUUGAUUACGUGGUAGAAUAUCACAAGUGUUACAAAAUGCAGUUCCAACUUUUAGAUUGGCGAAGUUCUAGGUCCUUAUGCAAUAGUCUCUCAUCAUCUCAUCCUAUCAUCAUUGAUGAUGAUGCUGAAAAUUAUGUUUCAUGGAAAUACGUUGCAUCCAUUCUUUCAACUUGCCAGAAAUGCCCUGAUCCGUAUUAUUCGACGUGGUGUGCCUUCCACACCAGCGGCAUUCGAACCUACAUCAGUGGAUCUAGAACGCCCUUCCUCUGGUACCCUUACCUAGGAGUGAACAAAACUGUUCAGAGCACAAAAGCCUGGGCUUCUGGUGAACCGAACUCACCAUUUGAUUAUCUGGAAUACUGCAUUGAGAGUAUCGUGAACAUUGGCUGGAACGAUCAAUUCUGCACAUCCCAUAUGUGCGUGCUCUGUGAAAUUGAUAUUAACUGAUUUACAAAUUAGUGAAGAUGAUGACGGAGAUGAUGAUGUCGAGAGUGAUUGAAAUUACUAAGAUGAUGAUGAUGAACGUGAUAUUAUGAUGACGACAAAGAAGGCAAUGUUGAUAGUGAUGACGAAAGCAGAAAUCUAAAAGAAAAUGUUCAAAAUAAAACUUUUCGUGAUGAUGAGUGAUAAACAGUGGUACGAAUAUUGAAACUGAGUGAUUGGUGGAUAAAAGUGGU